GAUAAGUAUGAUGAAAUGUCCAAACCGGUUUAAACUUGUCAAAAAUGAAUGCGUGUUAAAUGAGACACAAUUAAAAGUUUACUGUAAAAUCCCAAUAGGAAACAACAAUGCUCAAAAUAUCAAAUUGCUCGUGACAAAAGUUAUUGAAGAAGUUUUCAAUAUUAUUGGUAUUCUUUAUGUAAAGGCUCGGUCUGAUGGUUUCAUGCAUUGUCAAUUCUUUGUCCAAUUCCAAAAUGAAACAUUUGGUCGGAAAAUUGAUCAUUAUGAGAAAAUCCUUCAGGAAUCUUUUCCUCCUGUUGAUUCACCUUCAUCUGGACGUUUUUGCACAUUUGAGAAGGAUGGGACUGAAUUGCCUCGCGCGAAUCUGGUUGUGGGUAAGCUUACAACGGAAGGCCAAUCGGUUACAUUUGAGACAUCGCACAUACCUAGUGCCAACGGUCGUAUUACGAGUAAUGGAGUCAGGUUGUGUUCAAGCUUGUAUGGUUUCGUGUCUACCUUGCUCGUUUUUGCCUUAACCCGUUCAACGAUAAAUCAAACGUGAUUGAGAAACCCCUUUUCAAUCAUGAAUCAUAUCUAAAAUACACGGCUAAGAAUGAAAAUGGUUCUAUAAGAAGACAUUUUUAUUUAGCAUUGAUGGAAAAAAGAUUGGAGUUGGGAGGUCUGAACUGGCAUGGAA